AUGCUGACUCAUCAUGAUGUGAACAGGACGUGCUUCUGGUCCAUCUCCCUGACCUACCUUCCUCUGUGGCUGGUCCUGGACUAUCUCUGUGACCUGAUGUAUGUCGCCGACAUGGUCAUCACGCUGAGGACAGGGUUCCUGGAGCAGGGCCUGCUGGUCUCAGACCGGUCUCGGCUGAAAGACCGUUACCUCCGCUCCAGAGUCUUCCUGCGGGACCUGGCCUCUCUGCUCCCCACAGACCUGCUGUACUUGGCCUUCGGGAUCCAGACCCCAUUGGUCCGGAUCAACCGUCUGCUCCGCACGCCGCGCCUGAGCGAGGCUCUGGACCGGAUGGAGACCCGGACCUCGUACCCCAACACCUUCCGGAUCUCCAAGCUCAUGGUCUACAUCUUCGUGCUGAUCCACUGGAACGCCUGCCUGUACUUCGCCCUGUCCCGCUACAUCGGCUUCGGCAGCGACCUCUGGGUCUACCCCAACACCUCAAUCCCCGCCUUCGCCUCCACGCGCCGCCAGUACUUCUACUGCUUCUGGUUCUCGGCGCAGAUCUUCACCACGGUGGGGGACACGCCGCUGCCGAGCCGAGAGGAGGAGUAUCUAUUCAUGAUCGCGGACCUCCUCAUCGCCGUGUUGGUGUUCGCCUCCAUCGUCGGGAACGUCGGGAACGUCAUCUCCAGCCUCAGGGACCGCGACAACGUCUUCUUCCCCAACCAUGAGCUGGUGAAGGCGUACCUGCGCAGCCACCACAUCAGUAGAGAGCUGAGGACCAGGAUCGACACAUGGUACCAACACCUGCACAUCCACAAGAAGAUCACGAGAGAGACCGAGAUCCUGCAGCAGCUUCCUCUGCACCUCUGCACCGAGAUCGCCGUCAGCGUCCACCUGCCCACGCUCUCCAAGGUCUCCAUCUUCAGCAGCUGCGAGACCAGUCUGCUGGAAGAACUGGUGCUGAAGCUGACCCCACAGGUCUCCAUCUUCAGCAGCUGCGAGACCAGUCUGCUGGAAGAACAGGUGCUGAAGCUGACCCCACAGGUGAGACCAGAGGGACCAGGUGAGACCAGGUGA